AUGUCUAACAAAUAUAUUCCAAACAAAAUUGUAACAAUACGACAAUCAAAACCACCAUGGAUACACAACGACAUACGCAAAUAUAUCAGAAAAAGAAAACGUGCAUAUGACAAAGCCAAAAUAUCACAAAACCCUCGACACUGGCAAGCAUACAAACAGCUUAGAAACAAAACAACUAACAUGCUCAGACAAGCCAAACACCACUUAUCUCUAAAGAUUUCAGAUAAAUUAAAACAGCCAGAUCUUAAAACAACAGACUAUUGUAGAAUACUUAAACAAUUCAUUGCACCCACUAAUAAAUCAAGCAUCGAUACAUUACAUGAUAAUGGAAACAUAGUCAUAGACAACACAGACAAAGCCAACCUUCUGAACAAUUUCUUUCAAGCCCAAACACAACUCAACGAUCAGAAUAAAACACUUCCACCACUACAUGUAAACCCAGAUGAAAAUGUCCUUACUAACAUUCAAAUCACAGAAGACGAAGUAGAGAUUACACUUAUAUCACUUAAUACAGGCAAAGCAUCAGGUCCAGACAACAUAAACAGUAGAAUACUCAAAAAACUCUCCGACGAAAUAGCAAGUCCUUUAUGCUCUCUUUUCAACAGAUCUCUUCAUAUAGGAAAGUCAGGCUUUGUUCCCAACGACUCAACUUCCAAUCAACUUGUCUCUAUCUACAACUCUUUCUGUCAAGCCCUAGACGAGGGCAAAGAGGUCAGGGCUGUAUUUUGUGACAUUUCGAAAUCAUUCGACCGAGUUUGGCAUCGUGGUCUCCUUCAUAAACUGGAAUCAAAAGGAAUUUCAGGUCAGCUUCUUCUGUGGUUCAAGGACUAUCUAUCUGGUAGAAGGCAGAGGGUCGUUCUUUGUGGUUUCUAUUCUGAAACUGUACUUAUAUCUGCUGGUGUUCCACAAGGUUCCAUCCUUGGUCCUCUUCUUUUUAUUCUCUAUAUCAACGACAUCGUUACGGACAUCGGUUCUACUAUUUGUCUUUUUGCUGAUGACACAAGCCUCUACAUAACUGUUGAUGAUCCUAUACGAUCAGCAAUUACACUCAACACAGAUCUCAAUACUAUCACAAACUGGGCCGAAAAAUGGCUAGUUGACUUCAAUCCAAACAAAACAACAUUUUUUGCUCAUUUCACGAAAACACAACAAACCAUAUCACCCUCCUCUAUCAAUGAAUGGCAUAGUUAUAGCAGAAGUAAAGUCUCACAAGCAUCUAGGGGUCACAUUUUCUCACAAUGGAACUUGGCAUGA